GUCUCAGACUCUCUAGUCACCUACACUUAUCCACCAUCGACCAACGAUUCAAACGUACAGGCCACCACCAUCACAAUGUUCACCGGACUCGUCGAGACCAUCGGCACCGUAACGUCUCUUACGGCGCUCGACCCCUCCACCUCCGGCGGCAACGGCACCUCUCUCACCAUCUCAGACUGCGCGUCGAUCCUCUCGGACGCCGCACUGGGCGACUCGAUCUCCGUCAACGGUACAUGCCUGACCGUCACCGAAUUUGACGCCUCGUCCUUCAAAGUGGGCGUGGCUCCGGAGACCCUUCGACGCACGAACCUCGGCAGCCUACGGGAAGGAAGCCAGGUCAAUCUCGAACGGGCAGUGUCCGCGAGUACGCGCAUGGGCGGCCACUUUGUGCAAGGCCACGUCGACACCGUCGCCACGGUCGUGUCCGUCACACCGGACGGGAAUGCGUUGACAUUUCGAUUGCAGCCACGGGAGAAGGGCGUGCUCAGGUACAUCGUGGAGAAGGGAUACAUUACGCUCGACGGGGCGAGUUUGACGAUAACGAACGUCAAUGGCGAGCAGGGAUGGUUCGAAGUCAUGUUGAUCGCGUACACACAGGAGCGCGUGGUUCUGGCCAAGAAGCAGGCCGGCGAAGAGGUCAAUGUCGAGAUCGAUGUUGUGGGCAAGCUGGUGGAGAAGAGCGUCGUGGGCUAUUUUGAGGGCGCCGUCGGGCGACAGGCUGCGCCAGCGAUGUUGGAAAAGAUAGUCGGACGCUUGGUCGAGGACAAGAUCAAGGGCAUGGGGCUGGGCUGAAAGACGUCUGGACUGCAGGUGUCGCCUAUCAUCAUUGUCGCAGGGCCGGGAAAUCACUUCGAAGAUGGGAUCCUCUGGGGGAAAGCCGCUCACGGACACGGAGUGGUGCUUCCGAGGUUCGCGUUUCAGUGACAUGGCUUCUUCUCCAUCAAUGGAGGCUCAGUCACUUCGGCAGACCAAAAGAUUUCGCUACCUACGCCGUCCCACUGCUGGACGUACUCGACCGCAACAGCACUUUCUUCAAAGGCCAGCCAUACAGGCGAUGAGCCAUGCCGAUCCAGAACGACGACGGAUCGACCAUCCAAGCAAUGAGCCUACCGAUCCCAGAAUGACAACGGAUCGAAGUCAUCCCGCGUUCUAAAGGCACAGCCACAGCCACCCACAAGCUUCCUGUUCAGGUGCGAGGGCCAAACGUCGCGGCCCAGCCCCCCUUGAGCAAUACUAUGAAAUGCUGGACGGAACCGGAACUUUUUUUGGAGGAAAAUUGAUUGCAACAAGUAUACAAGGCAUUUCCAAAGCCCGAGAAAGACAAGUUGCGGCACAUACCGUUGGGAGGAAAUAUCUGAAGCAUGCACCUUACGUAGUACCCGACGUAUUCGAAUUGAGGAGCAUAAUGGUUCACGUAUGUGGUAUGGGCGACUAACGGGUGCGUGCCGACUCACGACCAUUACCAUCACCAGCAACAUGAUGAUGCUUGUGCUGCGGGCUACUACGGGCUUUUGCUCUUGGAAAGAAUCGUUGCUGGCCCGGCUCUCCGAUCUCUCGGUGUUGUGACUAGGCUACGGUUGAAUACUUAGUGAACAAUAGUGAAUGCAAGCCGUUGUUAGUGCUAUCAA